UGCGUUUUCGGCGUUUAUUUUUUUUCUUACUUUGCGAAUCCCCCAUUACAUUACAUUACGCGAAAUACAGGAAAUCAGCGGUGUGCCUGUGUGCGGUGGACAAGUGUGCGACGCGAUUUUCCAGCAAGAGUUCAAAUGAGAAGCUGCUUCAACACCCGAAGAACAAGAACAGAUUGAAAACAACACCAAAACAAAAACACGAAAAAGAAACAGUUUUGUGUGUGUGUGUGUGUGAUUUUUGUUUUGUAUAACGUACCACUUGAUCGAUGUUUCGUUUCGUUUUGUUCGUCUCUAGUUUGUAAAAUUUAAAGCCAAAAGCAAAGCAAAACCGCGUCAGAAACGUUCAGCGUCGAAAGCGUAAUUUUUUUUUUUUGGCCGGUCGGUGCCCCGUUGCACGCUGCACAAGUGUUGUUUGAAGUAAACAUAAAGACGAAAUAGUAGCAAGAAAAAAAAAACAAAGCAAAAAAAAAGAAAAGAAAGUUUAAACAAGAUGCUUCUCAGCAGAAAUAAACUCGGCAGCAUACGCCCGGCGAAGCACCUAAAGCUCGACAGCAUGGACGCACCGGCCACGUCCGACAUCGUCAUCAUCAAUGGGAACUCUCAUCCGGAUCUGGCGAACCUGAUUGCGAACCGGCUCGGUGUGGCAAACGGUGGUUGUGCGGUUUAUCACAAAACCAACCGCGAAACAAUGGUGGAGAUUGGCGAUUCCGUGCGUGGUAAAGAUAUCUAUAUCAUACAGACCGGUACAAAAGACGUGAACAACAACAUCAUGGAGCUGCUGAUCAUGGCGUACGCGUGCAAAACCUCGUCGGCAAAGUCGAUCGUCGGCGUGAUCCCGUAUCUGCCGUACUCGAAGCAGUGCAAAAUGCGCAAAAGGGGCUGCAUCGUGUCGAAGCUGCUGGCGAAGAUGAUGUGCACGUCCGGGCUGUCGCACAUCAUCACGAUGGAUCUGCACCAGAAGGAAAUCCAGGGCUUCUUCGACUGUCCGGUGGAUAAUCUGCGCGCCUCCCCGUUUCUGCUGCAGUACAUCCAGGAAAGCAUCCCGGACUACCGGAACUCGGUGAUUGUGGCACGGAAUCCGGGCUCGGCGAAAAAGGCCACCUCGUACGCGGAACGGUUGCGUCUCGGCAUCGCGGUCAUACACGGCGAGCAGAAGGAGUCGGAAGCGGACGAGGUGGACGGCAGGAAUUCGCCCCCGACGCUGCCGAAGUCGCGGACGAUGGAUGUGUCGGGCGGUGUGCCGAUCCAUCCGGCGAAGGAAAAACCACCGAUCAAUGUGGUCGGUGAUGUCGGGGGCCGGAUCGCAAUCAUGGUGGACGAUAUGAUCGACGACGUGCAGUCGUUUGUGGCGGCGGCUGAGGUGCUGAAGGAUAGGGGAGCGUACAAGAUCUACGUGCUCGCGACGCACGGUCUGCUCAGCCAGGAUGCGCCCCGGCUGAUCGAGGAUUCCGCGAUCGAUGUUGUGGUCGUAACCAACACGAUACCGCACGAGAUACAGAAGAUGCAGUGCCACAAGAUUAAAACGAUCGAUAUCAGUAUUCUGCUGGCGGAAGCGAUCAGGCGCAUACACAACAAGGAAUCGAUGUCCUACCUGUUCAAGAACGUCACGCUCGAGGACUAGAGGCGGUACACUCAGACACAAACACCUACACGCAACACCCGUUCCCAAUACCAUAGUGUGCUUUUCUGUUCUUUUGCUUACCCUACCUGGUGUCUUUGCCGUUACGCAUUUACACAACAUAAAGAACAAGCUUCACGCUGUGUUGCAACAGUGAGAAGAGAGAGAGAGAGAAAAAAACAAUAUACAGGCGCGACAACAGGGACCAACUGCAAACCACAACAGCAAAACUUCCAUUUUCUUAAUGCUUUUUUUUAGAUAUGUUUUGUUUUCUUGUGUGUGUGGGUUUUGCUUUUUGAAUUACGCAAUAACUUUAGUUUGUAUUUACCAUUCUCCUAACCCUCCCACAAAUCAGAAUUUACCUCCAACUAAGUUUCUUAUACACACACAAACAUACACACACACACGAACACACAUGAACACAAACGCAAAAUUAAAGCUCAUGAAUAUGAUAGUGUAGUCAAUAUAGUGUAGCGUUAUAGAAGGUAAGGAUCUUGCCUGAGGCAACGGUCUAUGAAAACAAAUACAAAAUAUUAGCAAAAAAAAAAAUAAAUCCCGUUAGUGAUGUGCGCUCCGGAGCGCACCAACGGCUCCGGGACCGGCUCCGCAUCCAUGACUCCGAGCCCUCGUAAAUCCCUCCCUCCUCGUGGAGAGCAGUGGGUUCGGAGCCUUGGGUACGGAGUCGGCUCCGACAUUUUCCGGUGCCGGAGUCGUUUUUCCCAUCACUAAAUCCCGUACUACAGGAUAGGAAUAUUGUGAAACUAAAGAGCGAAAGUCUAUAAGAGAAGCAUUAAAGUGUAACAAAACCAAUGUUUUGCUUCGUGUUGUCAGUUUUCGGCCCGCUCCUCUUUUUUGAGUUUUUUUUUACCCAUUUUUAUUAUCCUUUUUUUUUGUCAAGUGAGGAAAAUAGAGUACGAUGGAAAUGUCGGCCGAGAUCUGCACUGGAUCAAUAAAGUACACAGAAUGAUUUUGGUAUUUUA